CCGCGCGCACCCCGCGCCGAACUGGGCACUGCCCGUGCGCCGGCUUUGGCCGUGCCGCCCCAGGGGGUGCCGGUGGGCGGCGGGGACGCGGGCUGCUGCCAUGGGGCUGUGCUGCUGCAAGGACUGGAGAGGACACCUGCGAGCGCCCAAAGGUGGUGCCGGGGAGCAGGAGAAGGUGCCGGCCAACCCCGAAGCACUCCUGCUCAUGGCCAGCUCCCAGCGUGACAUGGAGGAUUGGGUGCAGGCCAUCCGCCGGGUCAUCUGGGCCCCACUUGGCGGAGGGAUCUUUGGGCAGCGCCUGGAAGAUACCGUGCAUCAUGAACGGAAGUAUGGCCCCCGCUUGGCACCCCUGCUGGUGGAACAGUGUGUGGACUUCAUCCGGGAGCGGGGUCUCACUGAGGAGGGGCUCUUCCGCAUGCCAGGCCAGGCCAACCUGGUGAGAGACCUGCAGGAUUCCUUCGACUGCGGGGAGAAGCCACUGUUUGACAGUCACACAGAUGUGCACACAGUGGCCUCCCUACUGAAGCUGUACCUGCGGGAGCUCCCCGAGCCUGUGAUCCCCUUCGCCAGGUAUGAGGACUUCCUCAGCUGCGCCCAGCUGCUCACCAAGGACGAGGGGGAGGGGACUUUGGAGUUAGCUAAACAAGUGAGCAACCUUCCUCAGGCCAAUUACAACCUGCUCAGAUACAUCUGCAAGUUUCUAGAUGAAGUUCAGUCCCACUCAAAUAUCAACAAGAUGAGUGUCCAGAACUUGGCAACUGUCUUUGGACCUAACAUCCUGCGGCCACAGAUAGAGGAUCCAGUGACCAUCAUGGAAGGCACUUCGCUGGUCCAGCACUUGAUGACCGUCCUCAUCCGCAAACACAGCCAGCUGUUUACCUCAACUGUCUCGGAAGGGCCUGCCUCCCCUCGUGGGGUUCCACAGUGCACAGUGGGUUGGGGCUCUGAGGAGGUCACCAGAGACAGCCAGGAAGAGCCCAGUAGCCCUGGCCUGCCCACAUAUAGGACCUCCUCUCUGGACCGGCCAGCAGCAGUGGUGCUCUCUAGGACCUCCACAAUAGGCCUGGGUAGCCAGGGCGGCCCUAUAACCACCAGCCCUGGGAAGGGGGUGCAGACUCUGCCCAGUUGGAAGUCUUCCUUCCGGCACCCGGGGUCCCGGUCAGGGAGCCCAAAGCGGGGAGGUUCAUCCCUGGAGGUGCCCAUUGUCUCUUCUGGUGGGAACUGGCUCAUGAAUGGGCUGUCCUCUCUGCGCAGCCAUCGCCGGGCCUUAUCAGGUGACCGGCUCAAGGACUCAGGCUCUGCGCAGAGACUGUCUACUUAUGACAAUGUGCCCCAACCCAGCCUCUUUCCCAGCACCGCCAGCAUGGCCAGCACAGCAUGGUCUGCAGCUUCAUCCUCCCGUGAGGCCUCUGUCAGCAGCUGCACAGCCUGUCGGGCCAGUGACUCGUCUGCCUGCAGCUCCCUGCAUACUGAGUGGGCCCUUGAGCCCUCCCCGCUCCCCAGCAGCAGUGAGGACUGCAGGUCCCCGGACCUGCGCCACAACCUGGAUGAGGCAGGUGUAGGUGGUGGCAGCAGCGAACCCAAUGACCUAGGCAGCCCCACCCAGGACCAUGCCCACCGCUGCCAGGCUCUCCAGGUCCUGGUGGCUGAACUCAAGGCAGAGUUGUGCCAGCAGAGGACUGAGUACCAGAUGAGCCUGAAAAGCAUUGAAGAGAGCAGUGCUGACCUGAGAAAGCAGACAUCACGGUUAGAGGAGGAGCUGGACCAGGAGAAGAAGAAGUGCACCAUGCUGGAAAUCAAACUGCGGAACUCGGAGCGGGCCCGUGAGGACGCUGAGAGGAGGAACCAGCUGCUGCAGAAGGAGAUGGAGGAGUUCUUUUCCACACUGGGAAGUUUGACUGUGGGUACCAAAGGUACCAGGGCCCCAAAGUGAAAAGAGCAGAAGCCUCUGCUCACUGUGCUUCAGCAGAGCUGGCCUCAGGCUACAGGAGGAGCUCGAAGCCUGGAGCUUGGACCAGCUGGGCAGAGCCAGGUGUUCUGCAGCCAGCUGGAGAGAGAUCCUGAACCCCUGUAGAGACUGUCAGGGCCAUGUGCCUCAGGUGGGAUCUAGAUGCUGCUCCCACUAUGCGGGUAUCAAAGGGGACAGUGCCAAGAGCCGCAUUUAACCUGUCACCCAGGAAAAGUCCCCAAGGCCACCCACAAGA